CAGGAGUCAGACAGGCUUCAGCUUUUAUCACAUGGCUCAAAAGACGAACAGGACCCAGCACAGUUUUAAUCAACUCCACCGAUCAGGUCGAAGCCAUCAUAAAUGCUGACGAUUUGGCAGUGAUUGGCUUUUUUAAGGAACUUCACAAAGACAGCGUGGAAGUUUUCCGUGAGACUGCAAAAGAUGUGCCAGAGAUGCCUUUUGGGAUGACAAGCAGCGAGGACAUCUGUGCCCAUUAUGGCAUCCAAACUAACACUCUGGUUGUGUUUAAGAAGGGAAAACCUGCGCAUAAUGAAGUGCUUGAAGAUGGCAGACAGAACAAACUGGACCUCACAAGGAUAAUCAAAACCUUUACCUUGGAUUUGGUCACUGAAUAUAAUCUUGAGACAUCUGUGAAGAUUUUUGAUGUCCCUGUUGAAAACCACAUCCUGCUGUUCAUCCCAACGAACUCAAAGACAUUCAGCACAACUUAUGAAAACUACAAGUCUGCUGCUGCAGAAUUUAGGGGGAAGAUAAUGUUUGUGGUGGUGAAUACUAAUGAAACAAGAAAUGGACGCAUUUUUGAGUAUUUUCGCAUCAGGGACGUUGAUGUUCCUGCUGUGAGAAUCCUAAAUCUGACAAGCCAAGCAAAGUACAAAAUGCCUGCAGAUGAGGUGACUACGGAGAACAUAAGACAUUUUUGCCAGAGCUACCUGGAUGGAAAAGCAAAGUUACAUCUCUCUAGUGAAGAAAUUGCCAAAGACUGGGAUAAGAAGCCUGUCAAAGUGCUCGUUGGGAAGAAUUUCAACAGGAUUGUCUUCAAUAGGACCACGACUGUGUUUGUCAUGUUUUAUGCCCCUUGGUCCUAUGAUUGCAGAAAACUUCUGCCAAUCUGGGAUGAGCUAGGAGAGAAAUAUCAAAGCCACAAGGACGUAAUCAUUGCAAAGAUAGAUGUCACAGCAAACGAUGUCCUGUCAGUUGUGAUGGAUCGCUAUCCCUUCUUCAGACUCUUUCCUGCUGGACCCGAUAUCCAGGAGGUGCCCUAUGCUGGGGAGCACAACUUGAAGGCAUUUUCAGAAUUCUUAGAAGAACAAAUCAAGAUGAGAGCAGAAACAAGAGAAAAGGGUCCUUCAAGAAGAAUGAAAGAGGGUCUCAGCCAGAAAGAGACUGUAAUAACUGAGAAAGAAGAACUUUAAUAGUACGGAGAGAAAAAUCCUGAGGAUUGUGGAGAAUAUGUCCUGGAAGGAACUCAUUGUGAGAGUGAAUCAACUCAAGUGAGCACAGACCUGAAAAACAAACAA